AUGGAGGAACUAAAGCUGGCUAUCUCGGCUUUGGAUUUCGGGGCCACCUCCAAGUUGCUUCAGGAACUACCAGAUGCCCAGAAUGCCUUAUGUGCCACAGACGAAGAUGGGCAGACGCUGCUUCAUCUUUGUGCUGAUGCGCUGGGCGAGGUUGACCCAGUUUCAGACGAAGGUUUCAAUGUCAUGAAGCUGCUGCUGGGCCGUCGGGCCAACCCAUGCAGCCUCAACAGCUUGGGGGAGUCGCCCCUGAUCUUGGCCGCGCGAGCCACGGCAGGAGCCUUCGCGCAAGCUGCAGAGGAGCUGGGAAACGGAAGACUCCUGCCAGUGCGUCACCUUUUGGAGGCUCGGGCAGACCCAGACACCGCAGAUGACCUGACCGGGGAGACUGCGCUGAUGGAGGCUGCGUGUGGCGGAGACUCUGCACUUUGCCAUCUGCUCCUCGAGCAAAAUGCGGAUCCGACAAGGCUGAGUGCAGCAGGGAAGCUAGCCCGAGACUUCGUGCCACUGGACGACCCGCAAAGGUCGAGCUUCUUGCAGCUCCUCGCGCCCAAGAUUCAAGAAGCAUCCAGUUCGAGACCCGUCGACAAGAGGGACCCCAAGCAGCUGGAGGAGGCCAAAAGGAGUCUUCUUUCACAAGCUUUGGACGAGGAGCAGCAAGAUUCGCCUGCAGAUGUGGCGUCGGAGUUUGGCGUGAAGGCAUUGCAGGCUUGUCUCAGGGAAGCUGUCGCCACCUCUGAAGUUGCAACCUUUGAGCGCCUUCUGCGUGCGAAGGAUAGAAGUGGCGACUCGAUCUCUUCCUGGGGUUCCACGCUCUUUGGCCUCGAUGCUUCAGGGCAGUCCCUUCUGCACUUCGUUGCGGCAGCAGAGGUGCCGGUGCUCACACGCCAAGUGGCUUUGGAAUUGCUCGUUCAGGAGGUGCAGGGCCUUGGCGACUCCAGCAGAGGCGUCGACACAAGGAACAAGAUCGGGGAGACCGCGCUGAUGUUGGCUCUUCGAAGUGCAUUGGUUAGUGGGGAAGCGGAUCAGCUCGGUGCUUGUCGCGUCCUCCUGGAGGCCAAGGCCUGCCCGGAUGCUGCAGACAAGCCCCUGGGCGAAACGCCGCUCAUGGAGGCUGUCUGCGCAGGAUGCCACGAGGCUGUAGAACUGCUCCUCGAGUACCGAGCAGACCCGCUGAGGACCACCUUGAACAACAUGCGAGCCAGCGAUUUUAUCAAGAUGGCGUGCGCCGAGAGGCAAGACAUUCUUCGGCAACAACUGCAGGAGGGCGGCGAGCAUGGAACAACAGGAGGAGUGACCAGGUGCGAAGAGGAGAAGUUGAUGCCGAAGGAAAAGCCGGAGGUGAAUGCGAGACAGGAUGGGCUCCGGGAAGCUGCCGCAGAGGAGGAGCUGCUUGGUCCUUCCACGAUACGCGAAAAGGUCAGCGAGGAUCAGCAAUCAGCCCGAUCAGCCCCGGCCGCAGAGGAUGCCGAGGGCUACAAGCAGCCUGUCCCGUCACAGAGCCCAGCCAGAAAGUGGAAUGGGGAGGACGUAGAGCAUGGCACUUUGUCAGCGCUAUGGUCUGCUGUUCGUGCGGCUGAGCCUCCUCGAGCUCGCCAGCUUCUAAAGGCAUUGGAGAACAAGCACGCCGCUUUCGGGAUGCGAGACGAUGAUGGCUUCACCUUGUUGCAUCUAGCUGUGAUGACACCCCCCAGCGAUCGCGUUUUUGCAACUGUGGCUUUGCUCCUGCAAUUCCGUGCGCAGGUCGAUUCGCGAAACCUGCUCGGCGAAACACCGUUGAUGCUCGCAUGCCGCGCUGCCAUGGAACGCCCCUGCGAUGCUUCGCCAGCAGGCCCGUGGCUUCGCCCAAUGCGCAAGCUGUUGGAGGCAAGGGCAGAUCCGAAUGCAGCUGACCUUUCUGGCGAGCCGCCACUGAUCGAAGCUGCCUGCUAUGGUGAUCUAGAGGUGUGCCAGCUGUUGUUGGAGGGUCGUGCAGACGCAGCCCAUGAAAGCACAGUGGGUGUAACUGCUCUCGGCCUGGCAGAAUGCGAAGGCCACAGAGAGGUUGCUGAGCUUCUCGCCCAGCACUUGCAGUCCAUGGCCAAGGAGGUCGCAGCGGACUUGGCAAGUAAGGCUGCGGAAGCGAUUGCACAAGCUGCUUCGGCAAAUCAAUUGAAGAAAGAAGACCUUUGCCAGGGUGAAGACGAGCAGAAUUUCGAUCAGCACGUCCCAUAUGUCCCAUCUUCUCCAAGUGCACGACCUUCUGAGGCGGCCGCUGCCACAGACAGAUCUGAGCAAAUCACUGUGAGUCCACCCGCAGAGCUUGGAUCGGCAGAAGCUGGGCCCGGCUACCGGGAGGCUGCCGAGGAUCAGUUGAAGAAAGAAGACCUUUGCCAGGGUGAAGACGAGCAGAAUUUCGAUCAGCACGUCCCAUAUGUCCCAUCUUCUCCAAGUGCACGACCUUCUGAGGCAGCCGCUGCCACAGACAGAUCUGAGCAAAUCACUGUGAGUGAAUCCACAGAUCUUGUGCCGGCAGAAGCGGGGCCUGUGCUCAAGAAGGAGGUGCCUCGGGGACGACCACCACAGGUGCAGCAGGAAAGGUCGACGCCGCCAUCACAGACUCGGUCUGGCAACACAUCUUUCACACCCACGCUGGCAUCGUCCCCUGUGAUUAAAAGCGCAUCGUCGGCGUACUCAUCUGCUCAAUCCACACAGAAGCCUGUCGAUCCGCCCACAUCUCGGUACACGGGUGAUGGCCUAAGCGUUGAGUGCUACUGCUCAGCCAACUCGUUUGCCAUCUCGACCCAACACAGCCACGAAGCGGCUUGGCUUGACAAGUCAGUGUGGAUAGGAGAAAUGGGCAAGGCCAUGCAGGAGAAGGGGUAUGGAUGGAAGGAUUUGUGCACUUUUGCAGGCAAGGUUCUGCAAAACGUGAGAGAUAUAGAGCGGCAGUGCAGUUGUGUCGGAUCUGCAGAGCUAAGACCGCCAACUCCAGAGUCAAGCGAUGGCGAGAAUCAGGAGAACAUUGGACCUCGGAUUCGAAAGGCAAUGGAACCUUUCCCGAGCUACAGCGGCGAGAUGCCACCUCCCGAGGCUGAGUCGACCUGGUCCGACCAGGAACUGUACAACUACUUCUUCUCCAGCGGCUUUAUCAAGCCGAAAAAGAAAGCCAGCAAGCCGAAGCCAACGCCGCAGCAGAUGGAGCAAUAUUUUCGCACAUUGAACCUGAGGCCUGGAGCCAAAGCGGCGGCGGUAAAGAAAGCCUAUCGACAGCUUGCGCUGCGUUUCCACCCAGACAAGAACCAAGACAGCAGCAGGCUCAGGAUGCACUGCCUGUCAAGCAGGAUGGAAUGA